CGCAUUUCACACAACCACAGCUACAAGAGCUCAUCGCAUUCCUGGAACUAUACAUGUGUCAAUUAGGCAAUGUGCACAUCUUUCUGAAACAUGCGUAUGGCGUUUUACGUUUACAGUAUUUUAAAUUUAAACUACUUCAAAAAUAACUAACCUAUCCCCAUCAUUCCUUAUAAAAUGGAAUGGUAUCGCUGUAUUCUCGCCUCUUUAACUCUGCUUGGUCUUUUCGUUCCGGUGUGUUCGGCCUCAUUAAGCAGCUGCCCCAGUCCUCCAUCAUGUGGCCAAGGUUUUGGCCUGAAAAACUGUGUUUGUGUCCGCUGUCUUCAGGACCACUACUGGGUGGUGAAGAGCGGGCUUACUUUGUGUGCGCGCUGCACAGAAAAAUGUUCAGGUUAUCUUAAGGAGAUAAUUCCCUGUGGCCCCACCCAGAAUCGAGUCUGCCAUUGUGACAGGGGCUUCUUCUGCGAGAGCAAGGCACAGUUCAGCUGCAGGAGGUGUAAGCCCUGCCCUGCUCAAACCUUCUCCAGCGAAAUAUCUAUGGAAGAGUCCUGUCGGCCAUACACUGAUUGCGCUGGUCGCGGACUGGCUGUGAAAGUAAGUGGUACACCCACGCAGGACCAGCUGUGUGCCGAUCCCAUCCUGUACCCCAGCCCUCACAUUAAUCCCGCCGUUGGCAAUGCUGAAACCACACAGUUCUCUACCUCUGAGCAAACCAUUCCUCUCCCUGUCACCACCGACAAACCCCAGAACACCAGCCUAACCAUGCCCCGCACAACUGCUGCCCCCAGCUCCGUCAAUGAAAGAUUUGAAGAGUCCUCCUCUUCAGUGGUCCUGGUGGCUGUUUUGUUGGCAGCUGCCAUGCUUCUGGUGUGCUGCGUGUGGCACAAAAAGCAUGUGCUGAAGAGGAAAGGUUGGCCAUUUCUGAAACAUUUGCAGGAGCAAGGGAGGAAGGAAGACACAGAGGGAGGGUAUUUUUCCGAUAUGUCCCAAGGGCUUCUGGGUAGUGAGACGGGGCGGGCACAGCCGGUGGGCCCACCCAAACAGCAGGUCGCAAUGGAUCACAGCGGCAGUGGAGACAGUGUCAGCAACACUGUGGGAUCUAUAUACAUCUACUCUCCCGGGAUGGUGGUUCUUGGUGCAAACACAGCAGAGCAGAGAGAGGAGGAGAAGCCCCCGGGGGAGGCGCCGGCCCACCUCGGCACCCCUCACCAGGAGCAGGGCCCCUCGGAGCUCCCAGAGACAGUGUGCGUACAGGAGGAGGAGGGGAAGGGACUGAGCUACCCGGUCCCAGCCACUGGCAAGUGAGCCCACAGAGAGGGCAAUGGAGCAGUGGGGGAACAGAACUGCCACAGAGAAAAGGAGGAAAACGGUGGAGAUGAUAAACUGCAUUCAUAAAAUGCUUCAUAAAUAAAAUGGGAGAGAAAAACUUUGAAAAACAGCAGGGAUGUGCAUGUGAAUGCGUUUAUGACGAGAAACAGGGUGAUACGGGUUCAUUAAAAUGAGCUCAUAAUGCUAAUUUUAAUGCUGUUUAAAACAAUAAGUCACCCAAAAAGUCAGCUCACUGAAAUUCCCCUUGUGCAAAGUCACAGAUGUGUGGAGACAGGACAGCAUACAAGGGCAGCAUGUCUCUAUGUGUCACUUCCUGUCAGCUCAGGGGCAGCAGAGCUCCUUCACAGAGCAGCAUCUUCACUCUGCACACACACACGCACACACACACUCAUACACACACAACCACACACACACGCACACACACACUCAUACACACACAACCACACAAACACGUACACACACACUCAUACACACACAACCACACACACACGCACACACACACUCAUACACAAACACGUACACACACACUCAUACACACACACGCACACACACACUCAUACACAAACACGUACACACACACUCAUACACACGCACGCACACACACACUCAUACACAAACACGUACACACACACUCAUACACACACACGCACACACACACUCAUACACAAACACGUACACACACACUCAUACACACACAACCACACACACACACGCACACACACACUCAUACACAAACACGUACACACACACUCAUACACACACAACCACACACACACUCAUACACACACACUCAUACACAAACACGUACACACACACUCAUACACAAACACGUACACACACACUCAUACACAAACACGUACAAGGACACACCCAGUCAUUUUUCAGUGUCCAACACAAUAGUCUUUCUCUUACACGCUUACAGUUCCUGAGAAGCGUGGGCUGCACCACUGAUUAGGUUCAUUCGAAAUUAGGAGAGGACAUUUAAAGUGAACUGCGAAAACAGAUAUGGUGAUUACCUCACAUGCACGCACAUACAGGAGAAGAUCUGCACCAUUUUGGCACAACCUCAAAUAUCCUCUUGAAAGUUCACACAUUUGUGUAUUUACAACCGAUAGUGUUACCAUCAUUGAAAAUUGUUGCAUAGAAGUAGUUUAUUUUUAUUUUGUGCCCUGUUGUAGCUUUGUCGGGAACAUGUACAUAUUUAUACAUAUUAAAGAUUUAAAUUGGA